UUGCUGAGAGUGAAAGCGUAAGCAUCAGGACUCAUGUGUAUUUGUUGUGUCUACUAAAGCUGCUGAAUCUUUCGUAGUUGUAUAGUUUCAGCGUGUUGACCGCAAGGCCAAUAAAGUGUAACACAACAUUACUCUAGUACAUUUAAUAAAUUUCCACUGGACCGAAUUAUUUUUAAAAUAUGUUUAAGUUCAUUAUUUUUAGUUUUUUUUUUAUGAUUACUUUAUGUCAUACUGCUGAAUUUGAAGAUGCAUUUAAACAUUGCUAUCCAAACGUCAGUGGAUUUGAUUCAUGUAUUAGAGAGGGAUUGAAUUCUAUAAGGCCAUAUUUUAAAACAGGCUUGUCAAAAUAUAAUGUCAAGCCAUUCGAUCCGUUUUUUGCUGAGGAAGUAACAGUGACAAGAGGUUUACCUAGACUUGGUUUUAUUCUGACAUUGAGAAAUGUUACAGAAAGUGGUUGGACAGCAAGUAAAGUUACCAAAUUUGUCAGUGACUUAUCGAAUUACAAAGUUGUUUAUACUCAAAGUUUUCCAGCAAAAUUUUUGAAUGGUGAUUAUGAAUUCACUGGUAAUUUAUUAGGUCCCAAAUUGACAAAUAAAGGAAAAUUUACUCUUGAUUUGUAUGAUUUGAUUCAAACAACAACUAUAACAAAACAACCAGGAGAAAAAUUAAAAGCGCGCAUUGAAGUAGAGACAAUAAGAGAUUUAAAAUUACAUAUAUCAAAUCUUUUGCAAGGACGUCUUGUUUUAGAAAAUUUCAUGGAUACAAUAAUAAAUGGUGCGUGGCAACCAGGUUUUGUUGUAACAAAAGGUAUUAUUAAUGACCUCGUGUCAAAUGCUUUUACCAAAAUAUUUGGUGAGGCUUUUCAAAAUUUUCCAUUUGAUAAAAUA